GGAGCAGGAUUUCCGCUUUCGCUCCUUUCCGGCGGUGACGACCUCUCCACGAGAACAUGCCUCUCGCAAAGGAUCUCCUGCAUCCCUCUCCAGAAGAGGAGAAGAGGAAACACAAGAAGAAGCGCCUGGUGCAGAGCCCCAAUUCCUACUUCAUGGAUGUGAAAUGCCCGGGAUGCUAUAAGAUCACCACCGUUUUUAGCCAUGCACAAACAGUAGUUUUGUGUGUUGGCUGCUCCACUGUUCUCUGCCAGCCUACAGGUGGAAAAGCAAGGCUUACAGAAGGAUGUUCCUUCAGACGGAAGCAGCACUAAAAGCACCCUGAGUCAAGAUGAGUGGGAAACCAUCCCAAUAAACACAUUUUGGAUACA